UUAUUUAGAGUCAGUAGAUAUUAGUGUUUAUUGAUAUGAGAUAUUGUCUGACUUAAUAUCUGCAAAUUUCCAUAUGAAUGGGGUCUCAGUGAGAAAGGUUUGAUCCGGAUCCUGCUUAUUGUUAAGUCCAUGCUAGAAUAUUUAUUUAGCAGAUAAUGGCAUAAACUUAUAAUAGUUAUGGCUGAAGGAAAAGGUGUUGAAUAUUUGUUGGAACAGCUAGACAACUUGCCACCUCCAAAACCUGCAGAUUCCAAUGAACAGAAAGUAGAACUAUCUACAGGAAAAAUAGAAAAAUCCCUAGAGGAACUUAUGAAAGAUUUCACUGGUCAGCUUGAUAGUCUACCACCACCAAAACCAGCAUCUAAACCUGUAGAGGGAGAUCUUCAAAUUAAAGAACUUCCAGGACUUGAGAACUUACUAAACAGAGUGGCAGAAAACUUAGAGGGAACAUCUAAAUGUUCAGGGGAUCAAACAACAGAUAGUAAAGGAGAAGCUGCUGGAGGAGGAGGAAAAGGAAAAGAUACCAUAGAAGAUAUGUUAAAGACUUUAAAUAAAAACAUUAAAUCUGGUGAUUGGUUGAAAGAGAACACAGCUGAGAGAUGGGUCCAAGAAAAUCCAAAGCUAGCAGAGGACUAUAAAAAGGCUGCACAACACUCUCCCAACAGCUGAUGAUAAAGACAUCAUAGUUUUAAUUAUUCCAGUAUUCUGUAUUUAUUAGAAAUAAAUAAAAAAAAGUAUCAAUACA